AUGGGGAAGACAGCAGUGUUUGUGUUGUCGAUCCUGCAGCAGCUGAACGUGGACAGCAGCAGCAGCAGCGCAGCAGCAGCAGCAGCAGCAGCAGCAGCGGGCUCUGGGGGCGGCGGCGGGGCGGCGGGCGCGGCGGCGUCGCCGUCAGCCGCAGCAGCGCCCGCGGCGACGAAGCGCAGCGGCGACGCUGCAGCAGCAGCAGACGCAGCAGCAGCAGCAGCAGCAGCAGCAGCAGCAGCAGCGCCGGGGGUGGUGUGUCUGGGCCUGGCGCACACGCGGGAGUUGGCGUUUCAAAUAAAAAACGAGUUCGAAAGGUUCAGCAAAUACCUGAAAGGAGUCAAAGUCGAAGUGGUUUAUGGCGGAGUUCCUCUUCAAAAACAUUUGGAACUUUUUGCAGAUCCAAAAAGAACUCCUGCAAUUCUGAUUGGAACUCCGGGGCGGGUCUUGGCGUUGCUGAAGAACAAGUGUCUAGACACCUCAAAAAUAGCGCACUUCGUUCUCGACGAAUGCGAUAAGUGCCUCGAGAAACUCGACAUGCGCAAGGACGUACAGGCCAUCUUCGUCGCCACUCCCAAGAAGAAGUGA